CGGGAGGGCGGCUGGGGGUCGCUGAGGGGGUGAGCCGGGCGGCGGGAGCGCGCCUUCUUUAACUGCCCGCGCGGACGGGAGCGCGCCCCCUCCUCAGGAAGGGGGGGGGGGAAACCCGAAGCGGGGGGGGGGAGCGGGAAAGAAAAAGCUCCUGUCAGGAAGGGGCGGACGCGAAGGACGACUCAGAGCCCUUCCCUCGCGUCUCCUCCUCCGGGAAGUUGGAGCCGAAGUUUCGCGGAGCGAGUCGGCCGCGGGAAGUGCGGAGAGGCGACGACCCCCGUCACCUCACCUCACCUCACCUGGAAGUGAGGGGUGGGUGGGAUACCUGUAGAAGGGGAGACCCCCAAAGCAGGUCCUAUUUCAUUGUCCGGAGGUAAAGAACUGGAUUCCCAAGCUGAAAGAGACUUGUGUGUGCAUGCAGUCUAAUGAAGUUUUUUACUGGGACGAAGCAUAAAAAUGUUGCCUGUUCAUUUAUUGCAACCCCUUGUCAUUCUUUGAAUGAUUUGAAGACGAGUCUAUAAAACGAGGACAUUGUUUCCCCCAUUUGAAUGUUGCAUAGUAUCAUGCCUAGCAGGAUGGGAUCAAAAAUGAACACGAAGAAAGACUUCGUUAGAGUAAAAACUCAUUAUAAUGGGGACAUCCUCAUCACCAACUUGGGUGCCUCCAUGAACUAUGAUGAACUUUGCGAUGAAGUGAGAGAAAUGUGCAGUUUGUCACAGGAACAGCCAAUUACCCUGAAGUGGAUUGAUAAUGAAGGUGAUCCUUGUACCAUUUCGUCACAGAUGGAACUGGAAGAAGCCUUCCGUUUGUACUGUCGGUACAGAGACGAAGGGCUUAUUAUUCAUGUCUUCCCAAGCAUUCCAGAACAACCCGGCAUGCGGUGUCCUGGUGAAGAUCAAUCAAUCUACCGGCGGGGCGCCAGGAGAUGGAGGAAGCUGUACCGAGUGAAUGGCCAUCUGUUUCAAGCCAAGCGCUUUAACAGAAGAGCAUACUGCGGCCAGUGCAGCGAAAGGAUAUGGGGUCUAGGAAGACAAGGUUACAAGUGCAUCAACUGCAAGUUGCUGGUCCAUAAACGUUGUCACGUUCUUGUCCCACUGACCUGCAAAAGGCAUAUGGAUUCUGUGAUGCCUUCCCAGGAACCUCACUUAGAUGAUAAGAAUGAUGAAGCUGAUGUCCCCAGAGAAGAAACAGACGGACUAUCUUAUAUUUCUUCCUCUCGGAAACACGAUAACAUUAAAGAUGAUUCUGAGGAACUCAAGCCAGUUAUUGACGGAAUGGAUGGCAUCAAGAUCUCACAGGGGCUUGGCCUUCAAGACUUCGACCUGAUCAGAGUCAUUGGACGAGGAAGCUAUGCCAAAGUUCUUUUAGUGCGGUUGAAAAAGAACGAUCAAAUUUAUGCAAUGAAAGUCGUCAAGAAGGAAUUAGUUCACGACGAUGAGGAUAUUGAUUGGGUGCAAACCGAAAAGCAUGUCUUUGAGCAGGCAUCCAAUAACCCUUUUCUAGUUGGCUUACAUUCCUGUUUUCAAACGACAAGUCGGUUGUUUCUUGUUAUAGAAUAUGUGAAUGGGGGUGACCUCAUGUUUCAUAUGCAACGGCAGAGGAAACUUCCAGAGGAACAUGCAAGGUUUUAUGCUGCUGAAAUCUGCAUUGCUCUCAACUUCCUCCACGAGAGAGGCAUUAUCUACAGAGAUUUAAAACUGGAUAAUGUUCUCCUGGAUACAGAGGGCCACAUCAAGCUAACAGAUUACGGCAUGUGUAAGGAAGGAUUGGGCCCCGGCGACACGACGAGCACUUUCUGCGGAACGCCAAAUUACAUCGCUCCGGAGAUUCUCCGAGGAGAAGAAUACGGAUUCAGUGUGGAUUGGUGGGCCCUUGGUGUCCUCAUGUUUGAAAUGAUGGCAGGAAGAUCUCCUUUUGAUAUCAUUACUGACAAUCCAGAUAUGAACACUGAAGAUUACCUCUUCCAAGUUAUCCUUGAAAAACCAAUCCGAAUUCCAAGAUUCCUUUCUGUUAAGGCCUCUCAUGUUUUGAAAGGAUUUUUAAAUAAGGAUCCCAAAGAGAGACUCGGAUGCCAAGCCCAAACAGGAUUUUCUGAAAUCAAGUCACACACGUUUUUUCGCAGCAUAGACUGGGAUCUGCUGGAAAAGAAGCAGGCCACCCCACCAUUUCAGCCUCAGAUCACGGAUGAUUAUGGCUUGGAUAACUUUGAUACCCAGUUCACCAGUGAACCUGUGCAGUUAACUCCAGAUGAUGAGGAUGUAAUAAAAAGAAUAGACCAGUCGGAGUUUGAAGGAUUUGAAUAUAUUAACCCAUUGAUGCUAUCGACCGAGGAAACGGUAUGAGAAAGAGGCACAGAGAGAACAAAAGAAUAAUAAUAAUAAUAAUGAAUGCACUUGGACAUUUAAUCCUGAACUACAGUAUAUGCAUGCAAGGCUGGGGCGGGGCCACCAUAAGGUUUUGAAUGGAGACCAAAUGAUAAGACGGCCGCUGAGAAAAACCAAGAUCACGUGAUUCGGGGGGGCGGCUUCCUGUUUCUUUUUUUUCUUUUUUUUUUAAGUCCGGGGGAAACUGGCGGAGCUAGCUUCAUGGAUUCUGCACUCCGUGCCUGCUUCAACGAGGGGUUCAAUGAUGGUUUGUUGCAUCCUUGGGGAAGAGAUUCCAGAUCACGUUGAAAGUAGACCAACUUCUAACGGACCUUUUUCCAUGCAACAGCCUCCUAUAAAACAGUCAAACAUCCAGAAUACAAUUGCUUGUGGUGUUGAAGCUUAACUUUAGAUGCCUUUUCUCACAAGUGGUACCUAUCCUAUGUGUCUCAGUGUGUGCGUGGGUCUGUAUGUGUGUGUGUACAUUCACAUCUGGGUAGGCACACAUGUAUGCGCACACUUGCUAAAUAAAUAGAAAUGGGGUUGUGUUUUAUUAGCAAUGUUAACAAAUUUGGGUACAGUAUUUUAAGUGCCUAAAUGGAUAAUCUACAUUAAAUUAUUCCAUUUUUGGAACAUUUGAGGAACCCUGUGAAGUUUCUGGUUAUUGAAAAGAAAAGAAAAAGUAUUUUACACAUGGAACCUACAACUAACAGCUGCUAUCUAAUAUUAAUCAUGGUCUCAGAAUGGACAGGAAUCUUAGCAAUAACAAUUCCAAAAAUUACAAUUUAGCAUCUUAAAACAUUCUGGAUUAUGCUGAACGUGGGAGAAAUAUAUAUAAUAUAUAUAUAUACUACCAAAAUCUCAUCAGAAAAUUUAAAUUUGCACAUGGUGGAUUUAUGAAAAUAUUUGAGCAGUGCCUACAAUGAUUUAUGUUGUAUACUAGAUUUUUGAAUAAUAUUUUUAUCAAUGCAAUAUUCAAAAGGAACAAUGGAAAUGUAAUAGAUCUUAGCCUUAAAAAAAAUUUUGGAAAAAAAAAAGAAUUCUAGGAUAUCCAUCAACAUACAUAUUUUUCUGAUAAAGCACACCUCCUACUUAAAAACAACUGCUUUGAAAUGUUUAGUUCUCCCAGGGGUUGUCAUGGUAAAUGAAACACUAACAAAAAAGUAACUCAGUGAUGGGAAAGGCGACCAGAUUUUUUAAAAAAAUUACCUGGAUAUAAAAAUGUCCAUUAUUUCCUUUUUGGAGAACUGUGGGGUGUUUCAUCGAGAUAACUGCUUGUCAAUUUUUGGGAUUUAAAGAAAAUUCAGAUUGAACCAGUCCAUUAUUGCUAAUCUAAUACCAUAGCCCUUUCCGAAUAUUGUUGGGUCGAUUGCAGUUUUUGAGAAUAAGGUUAAAAAAAAGAAAAUAAAUCAGAUUGACUUUACGGGAUCCAUUCUAAUGACAGAUAGGGGGUGAAAAAUCCCAUUAACGUCAUGACUUGAUAGAUAUCAAAUAACUCCAUCUAGGAUUUCUCAGGAUAUAUAACAUUGCAUUGGUUGCUGUGCAGGAGACCUUACCUGCAUUUGCAGCCAUAAGAUGCUCGUAGAUUAAGAUGGGCAAAUCUGGAAGGUGGAUAAAUCUGGCCAAGAAUCAUUUCGUUAAAUUUCGUUUUUGGAUUCUCCCCUUAGCUUGGCCGCUAAUUAAAAGCACACACACACACGAUAACAAAAACGCUAGCACUCCCAGGCCGAGUUCUUGGAAUUUCGGCUGUUUUGUUUUCCAGCAAGAUUCUUAAGUCUGUUCUAACCAGCACUUAUCCAGCUAGGACUAUUACUGUUUUUCCUCCGUGGUGCUCGGGAUUUAAAUAACCAAGCUACUUUGCUUUUUAAGCAAAGCUUGAAAAUGAGUAUCCUACUUCCCCUCUCCUUCUUCUCAGCGACAAAUUCAGUAUUUCCUUCACUGCUCUCUCUCUCCCUCCCUCCCUCUCUUUCCCCUUCAAUUUACAGCUGAGCAGCUGGUUUUUGUAGGCAUGUGACUGAUCCGAUGCCAUCAG